AUGAAUGUUCAAGUUGGCAAGUUUUAAUUCAAUUCUCGCUUUUGUUUGGGAGAGGGUGCCUAUGGAAAAGUGUUCCUCGGAUAAGACACUGAAAACAAUGAGCAAGUAGCUAUCAAAUAAAUAGACACCAAAUUCAUCGAGUAACAAGACAAGUAUAUUAAAUAACAGAUCAUUAAUGAAAUCGAAAUUCUAAAAAAAUGCAAUCACCCCAACAUUGUUAGAUUUAUAGAUUUGAUUGAUACUCCCAAAUACAUCUACAUCAUUAUCGAAUACUGCAAAGACGGCGAUCUAAAAGAACUGCUGAAUUAAAAAAGAUUAAGCGAAGUAGAAUCAUUCGAUGUCCUCAGACAAAUUGUUGAAGGAUUCAAAGAAUUACAAAAACAUAGCAUUAUUCAUAGAGAUUUGAAACCAGCCAAUAUUUUGAUUAACAAUGGAAUUUUCAAAAUUGCAGAUUUUGGGUUUGCCAAAAUAGUGAACAAUUAUUCAAGCACAAACAUGCUUAAAUCUUUGGUUGGAUCCCCCUAUUACAUGGCACCGCAAUUACUUGGUUAUUAAUAAUAUUGCUUCAAAUGCGACAUAUGGUCUCUGGCAGUCAUCUAUUUCGAAAUGAUUUUCGGAAAUCUCCCUUGGUUAGCUAGUGAUCCUUAAUCCUUAUUAAAAAAGAUCCUGAAUCAACCAAUCAUAGAGAAAUUGAAAUAAGCCAAAAUUAGUUAAUUCAGCAUGUUCUUCCUAGAGAAGACACUGACUAUAGACGAAUUUCGAAGACCGAAUUGGUAAGAAGUGGUCUAGAUGGUCAAUACAUCUCCUUUAAUGAAGGCUGAUAAAAACUCAAUUCCACAACCGCAAUCUCAGAGCAAAACCAAUAUUUUAGAAGUAAGUGCCUCAUGUGAUACCAAAUCCAAUAUCAACUCAAUCUAACCAGAAUAAUAAAAGAAAAGGUAGGAGAUCAUAUUUAAGCAUUAUUUGUGUUAAGAGAUAUUAGUUAAUAAGUCAGAGAUUCUGCAAUUUUGCGAAGGCAAUAAUGUACUAUUGAAACUAUCCUUUUGUCUAUCAAAGUGGGUUUUAGUUUUGAGUCAACAAUUAAUAAAAGAGUUACCAGAACUAAAAAGGGAACACGAUUUUUAUGUACUGUUUAUGCACGAUAUAGAAGAAUUAAGAUUAUCAUGUGAAUUUAGUAUUGAGAGAGUUCCCUAAAUUUGUUAGGAUUAUUGCUUAGAGUAUCUGACAAUAGCAUAAAGGAAUAUAUAAAAUAUGAGUGAAACAUACUUAUUGGUAUUAACAGAAUAUUUGAUCAACUUUGCAAGAGUGUUACGAGAUGGCAAAGAUUCACCUAUUGAUUAUGAGGAAUUGGCUUAGAGUAAACUGAAUGACUACGAUUUUCAAUUAUAUCACGAUAUUCUGAAGACGAAUCUGAAUGCAAUUGUUAUUUGA